CCGCCGUGCCCGCGCUCCCCCCCUCGCCCCCAUGCGGCGCUGAGGCGGCGGCGGCGGCGGCAGCGGGGCGGCCCCCGGGGCGGCGGGGACCGCUGGGCGCCAUGGAGGGCAUGGACGUGGACCUGGACGCGGAGCUGAUGCAGAAGUUCAGCUGCCUGGGCACCACCGACAAGGACGUGCUGAUCGGCGAGUUCCAGCGGCUCCUCGGCUUCCAGCUCAGCCCCGCCGGCUGCGCCUUCUUCCUCGACAUGACCAACUGGAAUCUACAAGCCGCCAUUGGAGCCUACUAUGAUUUCGAGAGUCCAAAUAUCAAUGUACCCUCCAUGUCCUUUGUUGAAGAUGUCACCAUAGGUGAAGGAGAGUCCAUCCCUCCUGAUACCCAGUUUACAAAAACAUGGAGGAUACAAAACACAGGGACAGAGGCGUGGCCCCCGGGGGUUUGUCUGAAGUAUGUCGGGGGAGACCAAUUUGGCCACGUAAACAUGGUGAUGGUCAGGUCCCUGGAGCCCCAGGAGAUUGCAGACGUCAGCGUUCAGAUGUGCAGCCCCAGCACAGCAGGAAUGUAUCAGGGACAGUGGCGAAUGUGCACCGCCACGGGACUCUAUUACGGAGAUGUCAUCUGGGUGAUCCUCAGCGUGGAAGUUGGAGGACUUCUAGGUGUAACACAGCAGCUGUCAUCCUUUGAAACAGAGUUCAACACGCAACCGCAUCGCAAGGUAGAAGGAAACUUUAACCCAUUCGCCUCUCCACAGAAGAACAGGCAACCAGAUGAAAACAACCUAAAAGACCCUGGGGGUUCCGAGCUAGGCACAAUCAGCAAAAACACAUGGGGGCCUGCUCCUGACCAAAUCGAACAAGAUCAGAAUGGACUGUCACAAAACUCUGUAAAUCUCUCCCCCAGCAGUCACUCGAACAACUUGUCGGUAGUGACAUACAGUAAGGGUUUCCACGGUCCUUAUCCCUUCGGACAGUCUUAAAACACAAAAACACAAAACGGGUAUCGACAAGAGGAGAAUUUAACAAAGAACUGACUUUUGGGGGAAGGGAGGGGGAUUCAUGUGGCAGACAGACACAACAUGGACCCCUACUUCUCUGCCUCUGUGUUCUGGAUAAAGAAGAAAAAACAAAAGCCCAGUAACUUAAGACUAGCUGUUUCCGGAGGAAAAUACAAAAUCUAAGUAUGCAUGUGUGAAUGCUGGAUUUCAGGAGUGUUGUUAAAUGCUAUGAGAAAGAAAAUAUACCAACACCGUGGGUUUUUUUUUUUAGAAAUUGUUCUGGCACAUAAUUAGGUAGCUUAAAAAGAAGUUUAAAAACUGAAAAUGAAAAAGCCAUCUUUAAAAAAAAAAUAUUUUGCCUACAGAGCGGUUGUAGUUUGAGCAAAUGUUUAAUUUCUGUUUGUUUCUUGUUCAUUUUUUUUUUUUUAAAUAAGGGACAGCGUGCAUUUUUACGGAACUGUCAUGUUUUGCUUGCUACCGAAUGGGAAUUUGCUUAGCAUCUUCUGGGGUUUGUGCAGUGACUUCUUUUUGUUGGACAUUUUUUAAUGACAGGUUGGGUCUGUACCCAGCUCUGCAUUUUUAAUUCAUCUGCUGUUCUAGCUACCAACUUUUUAAUCUUCUUUUCUUUUUUUUUUUUUUCCCUUUUGGUUUGAGUGUUGCUGUCAGUUGUCCUGCAUGUCGUUGGAAACCAUGCUGAAGACCAGGUCUCAGUAUCAAAGUUGGAGAGAAGGACUCUGGGACUUCUAGGAUAUCAUGGAGGGCUCAUUUCCCUUCCCCUUGUACAUGAAGUACACACAAAUACACACCCAUAUUAAUAAGAAAUGGAUUUAUUAAAGUUCCAGAGCUGUCCUAUGUGAUUAGCAUUUUAAAAUACCUUUUUGUUAACUCUUGAUGUACAGUAGCUGUGCCUAGAGCAACCAAGCAAGCGUAUCAGUCUUGUGCCAAGAGGAAACUUUUUUUUUCUGUAGCUAUAAUUCACUUGGUAGUAGUUGCAAAGCUUUACAAAAGUCAUGUCCUUUUAAUUUUGAAUCUCCCAUCUCUCUCAUAUAGAGUAUAAGUUUGCAUUCAUUUCUCCUAUGAUAAAGUAUUAGCUUAGAGGCUAAUUGCGUUUUUGAAUGCAGAGCAAGAGUUAGCAUCAUCAGCUGGAUUCCACUCUGUCGCCUUGUAUUCAUUCGCCUUUAUAGUCCUGGCUUGUAGCUUCAUCGAGGCUCCUACUUCUAAAUGGACUCUCCAGGGCUUGGUAUUAGAGGGGGGAAUCGCUCCUCUAAAGAUUCAGGUUGCUCUGCUGUUCCUCCAAUGUAUUUUCCCCCAAUUAUGGAUUGGGAAGUGUGAGAGGAGGGAGAACAGCCUCGAGUGCUGCGGUGGAUUUCUAAAGUGCUGUGUCACCACAGAUCCUGCUGAAGGGGAGCCAGGUGGUGAGGUGAGGGGACACCGUUUUACUCGCAAACGUGAACAAGGCUGGAACAGCCAUCUGCCAAAGAUACAGUAAUACUCAAAGCUCCCACAACCUUCUUCCAAAUCUUCCCAGUGAAAGCUCUUGUUCUUGUUGGAGCAGAGCACAGGCUUGUUGCAUGGUGCGUGGCUUUACACUGAUUGCUCUUGACUAGUUGUAUUUUCUUGGUUGGUUUUGAAUGCGGGAUUCAUUCUCAUUGCAGCUACCAAGGACUGUCUUAUCUUAGUGCAUACAGAUAGAUCUUCUGGAGGACAGUAGGAGUUCCUUGUAUCCAACAGAGGAAGAAUUGGGCGAUAAAUUUUGCUCGUAUUUCAGAGGUUCAGCUGUUAAAGGCCACUGUUAUCUGAAGUCUCCCUUCAAAAAUCUGUUUGCUGGGAGAAACAAGUAUGACGUAAGAAAUUAUCUGCAUAAAAGAGGCACUGCAGGCUUUGGACUGCUUACCAUUUGCACUUGCAGUUUGAUGAGCACCUGGGUCUGUCUCAGCAGCUUGCUAGAGCUGGGUGACUUAAGAACCAGAGUGAACCCAUGGAAAGUGGUGCUGCACUGCUCAGUGCAGCUGUAGUGUUUGGCUCUUGUCCUGUAACAUCAUUUUGCCUUGGAUCGGUUAUCUCCUCUUAGCAUUCAGUCUAGGGAAUAAUUUGCAUCACUGUAGUGUAGCAUAGGCAAGUGGAUUCUUUCUUUGCUCCCUCCUUUCCAAGCAGGUGGCUUGAGCGACAAGGUCUGAAGGCAUGAACACGUACUCGACCAUCACACCUCUUGAAAUACUGCUGCUUCCCUUCUGAAGGUAUCAAAAACACUGGAGACUGCUGUUUGUCCAAGUGACAAGGUGAUUCCUUAUCUUUAUUAGCUCCUUUUAUCAGCUAUGAGUGGAAGGGCGGCGGAAAUUAAGAUCUGGGUCCGUAUGUUAUAGCUGGUGCUGCAACCUUUGCCUUGUGUCAGCUGAGGCAUCUGGGAGACCCUUGAACUCGGAUACCCCCAUGCUGGCUUUCUUCUGCUGUCAGCCACAUGCGCUCCUCCCUUAUAUAACGGCCGCCACAUUUGUGUUCUUGUGCUCCUCCUAAGACUGAAUUUUCCUUUC